CCUCCCGGGCACAUCGAGAUCCUGAGAAGCGCCGUGUCCUGCCUGCCAGCGGUGCAGACACAGCUGCCUUCCCCUGCCUGCUCCUGCUGCCCCUCGGACAGGAGAUCAUCGAUCUGACCUGUGAGGACACGAGCACAGACCCAGCACCGUGGAGCAGCUUCACCAUCAUUGACCUGACAGAGGACACAUGCAGCCCUCCCCACACCACCAGCUGGGCUGACCAGGACCCUGGGCAGGUGCCUGCUGCCCCAGCAGCACACACAUCCCAUCCCCAGGUCUGCUUCACCACAAAGCAAGAAACGGAGUCAAUGGCAGGACCAAGCCCUGCAGCACCCUGGCAUGGUGCUCCCGCAGAGCCCAGUGCCACCACAGACACAGCAGAAAAUGCAGAGAACUGCAGCUGCUUCUCUCCUGCCUCCAGCUGCCACAGCUCCUCCUGCAGCCCAGAGCAGAACUGCAGCACUACCACUUUUAACAGUGACUUGGGCUCCCUGGCCAGCAUGCAGCUGGACUCAGACCUGCUGUCCCUGUCCCCUUCCAGCCUGGACAGCAGCAGCAGCUGGAGAGCCAGUGGCCCAGAGGAAGAGACUCCCCACCUCUGCCAGCAAAGGGAGCUCCCCCUGAGGCAGAGCUCUGCCCCAGCCAUCCCCACAACCCCAGGGAAGGCCCGAGGGCCUUUGCUGGAAGCAGGCAACGUACUGCCACACAAAGCAGUCCAGCAAAUGAACCCAACCAGGACCAAGGCUGACAACAAGGCCUGGCUGAACAAACUGCACUAUUUCAGGAGAAGCGGAGUUCAGCACCUCUUCCUCCAAGGCGUAGCACCCAACAGGGAAACACAGCAGCAGAAACCUGAGCUUAUUCCCAGCGGGAAGCUGAGCAUGGUGCGCACCACCAUGGAGGAGAACUUCCAAGAGGGCACCUUGCAUUUCCUGAGCGAGUUCGUCUCCCGCCAGCACUAUCCCCCCAAAGAAAUCAUCUCCCACCUGAUCAGACAGAUCCUGUUGAAUCCCCAGCAAGGGGAGAUCCUGAAGGACACCUACAUGCUGCUGAUGAAGAUCCAAAUGCUCCAUCCAGCCAACACCGCCACAGUGGGAUGGGACUGGACGCUGCUGAAAUACAUCAUGGAGGACCAGGAGAAGCCCCCUGGCCGGCUCCUCUUCCUGCAGUACGUGGUGCAGACCCUGGAGGAUGACUUCCAGCAGAACCUGAGGUUGCGCCUGCUGCAGAAGUCGAUUGCCAAGAAAGUGCUUUCGUGUGACACGUGCUUCAACAAUGUCAAGGAAGUGGUCGAAUGGUUGGUCGCAGCAGUUACAGGAGUUGGGUUCUCCCAGCCCCAGGAGCAGCCGCAAGAAACUACAUCCUCUUCAGCAGAAGCAAGGGCUGAACACAGUUCAUCUGCGCUACAGCUGGCCAGCACUGACCAGGCAGAGGUGGCUCCACCAGCUUUCUUUGCCCAGAAGGUGGUGCUCCUGCUCCAGCGGAUGUUGUCCAUCGCAGUGGAAGUGGACAAAUCUCCCAACUGCAGCUCCUGUAAGAUCGCAGAUGUGAUAUUCCCAUUUAUACUGAAUAUUCCCCUGAGGAGCCAAAGGGAAGCUUUCUUAAACACCAUGGAGAGCCAGCUCCUGCGCUGCAAACUGCUAGAGCUGUUGUUCCAACACAGUUGUGACAUGCCCACAACCUUGCCCUUGUCUCUGGCCAAGAUCCUGUAUUUCCUGAAUCACUCCUCUGUGCUGCUGCAAUACCAGGAUGAAACACCAACAUGGCAAAGAUGGGAUGAGAUGCUGCAGUACUUGAGUUUGCUGCUGAUGAGUUACCAAAAUGUAAUACUGGACCACUUGCGGAGCUCACUCAUCGACCGGAUGGACUUGAUCAUUCAGAAAGCCAAGCCCAAGCUCCAGGACAGUGAUGACAUCAGCCAUGUGGACAUUCAACUUAAGAUAGAGGACUUCAUCAGCCGAAUGCAGCAGGUCCUGGGGCAGCCUUUUCCCCUGCAGAUCACAGAGAAGUUAUCCAUAUUUCAGGAGUUGUUCCUCGUUGUCACUGCUACCUGAUGGAGACAACCACUGCAGCAGGGGGGACAGAGAGCUUCAUGUUUCCUCUGUAAAACCCCACCAAAACCCCCAUCUCAUGCUGCGGUCUCAAGUGUCAUAUGUCAUGGGGGUUUGUUUACACAUUUCUUUGGAAAAAUGUCUGGUUCACAUGGUCUCAGAAUUUCCUUUCAAACUUGCUUCAUCCUACAGUUUUACAAGGCACUUUGUACACUUCUGAAAAAUAAAUUAUUUUCAUAUUUGCUGAGACUCCAUCUUGGUGCCAGCCCUGCCCAAAGGAAGUGCAGAGCUCUGUCAGCUGUAUCUUGGGAUAGCAUUAGACUAUUGCAGCCAUAAACUGACAACAGUUCGCACAGCAAGCAAAAUGCCAAAAUACCCAUUCGAUAUUUAGGAAAAGGUAAUAAUAACUGAGGAAAAAAGAGCAGGUGUGGGCUGCAGUGAGGGCGCUCACAGUGCAGAGAUCCCCCAGCCAUGCUGGUCAGUCCUCAGGAGAGGAACAGUUCUGUUCCAAAUCAAAUACAUCUACAUUACUUUGCCUAAGGUGAUUAGCCUGUCAAGAGGGAGGACUGGCUAGCAGCAUCAGCUGAAAAAGCUGCACCUCUUCCAGAAUGCACUGAAGUGUCUGCAGUGCCGGCAGGCAUGUGUAUUAUGAUGAAUAUUCAAUUCAAAUACACUGCCAUCAAAUCAAACCACAGCUGAGAUCAGAGAGCAAUUAGGCAUUUCUAUGGAAAAUCUCAGACAGUUCAGAAGCAACAGAGGCUGAGAGUGGGAGAAAGGCUCCUGUAGCUGCCCACUACCCCUUUAUCUGUCCCUGUGGUAGGCAACCCUUAGCAGGGUCCUAAUCAGGAGACCAGAGCCUACAAGCAUUGAGCAGCACAGUCAUGGCCAGGAAUGGAGUAGUCCUGAUGUUACUGCUGCACAGUGAGGCCUCAUCCAGAAGCCUGGUUUCAGUUAGCCCAGAACACUUUGGAAGGGUCUGACCUGGGGCUCACAGGUUUGCUCCUUGUUCUUUAGGAAGCCUCUUCCCAACUGCCAGAUGUAGAACAAACCACUUGCCUGCAUGACAUUGCCCCUCUAAUCCAGGGAUAAGCCAUCCAGGGAAAAGUGAAGUCUGUUUUGGGAGUAGUAGCCAGAAGCGUUCCCAACAGUGCAAACUCCACCUACUCCCUGCUCUAGAAAGCUGCUCUUCCUGCAUGAUAUGCUCAUCCAGGUAUAUUUUCCAGUUAGGUCCUUUUAACUGGAUUAGAUCUCUAUCAUUAGACUAGAAAAGCAGCUGCAUUCCAGCAAGAGGACCAGUUAUGGAUGUUAUUUUCUGGUAUGUUGGACAUAACCCCAAGAACGACGACAGAGUAGAA